CCUCCCAUGCAUCGGAAUGGUAAGACGAGAAUGUGCAUGGAGGACCCUGGUACGGUGUGUGGAGAAGUUGAAGAGUUGACGAAGAGAUAUUGGCUAUAAAUCAUUCACGUUUAAACUUGUGUAUCGUAAAUUAAAGUAUAAGCAGGUCUCCUUCAGCCCCGGGGCAGGUCAGAGUGACUGGCUGAUGGAAAUAGAGAAGAGAAAAAAGGGGAAAUCUCUUCGCUGAAGCGCCAUGCACUGGCGGAGCAACAUUUAACGCUUAUUUUUUUUCGGCUGAAAUGUAGUUUAUCGUCAACUGGUGGACCAUGUAGUAAGUGUUUGUGCUUGCAUGCAGUAUGAUAUUGAGUCCGAUAUGUCUAAUGUGACGCCGAGUAAAAGCGUGGAAUGGCUGCAACUCGAGUUAGAGUCCGGAGGCACUUCUCUGCUCCUGCUGGACUGCCGUUCACAUGAGCUUUAUGAAUCAUCCCACAUAGAGACCGCCAUAAACCUGGCUAUACCGGGGCUGAUGCUCCGGAGGUUCAAAAAGGGCAACAUACCUAUCCGGACUAUCAUCCCCAACCAUGAGGAUAAAGAGAAGUUCAUAAGGCGGUGCAAGACGGACACGGUGGUCCUGUACGAUGAGAGCACCGUGGACUGGCAGGACAGCGGAGCCUCAGUUCUGGGUCUACUUCUUCAGAAACUAUGGGAAGACGGCUGUAAAGCGUAUUACCUUCAAGGUGGAUUUGUAAAGUUCCACACAGAGUACCCAGAGCACUGUGAGACCCUCCUCGACAGCUCCUGUCCCAGCUCCUCUCCUCCGCUCUCUGUCCUGGGUUUUGGAAACCUCAGAAUCAGCUCUGAUUGUUCCGAUGGGGAAUCUGACCGAGAGCCGAGCAGUGCCACAGAGUCUGAGGAGAGCCCCAUCCCCAGCAAUCAGCCCGCCUUCCCCGUCCAGAUCCUUCCCUACCUUUACCUGGGCUGCGCCAAAGACUCCACCAAUCUAGACGUGCUGGGCCAGUACAACAUCAAGUACAUCCUGAACGUUACACCCAAUCUCCCCAACAUGUUUGAGCAUGAAGGCCACUUCAGGUACAAACAGAUCCCCAUCUCGGAUCACUGGAGUCAGAACCUGUCCCAGUUCUUCCCAGAGGCCAUAUCAUUUAUAGACGAGGCUCGCUCUCAGCAGUGUGGCAUCCUGGUCCACUGUCUGGCCGGCAUCAGUCGCUCAGUCACAGUGACCGUGGCCUACCUGAUGCAGAGGCUCAACCUCUCUCUCAACGACGCUUAUGACUUUGUCAAGAGGAAGAAGUCCAACAUUUCGCCAAACUUCAACUUCAUGGGUCAGCUCCUGGACUUUGAGAGGACGCUGGGGCUGCACAGUCCGUGUGAUAACCGCUCCACCAGCGAGGAGCAGCUCUUCUUCACCACGCCAACCAAUCACAACGUCUUCCAGCUCGACACGCUGGAGUCAACAUGAGGAUGGAUUGGACAGCCUUUGGACAGUCAUUUCCUGUCGUGUCUCUAAGGUUCUCCUGAGCCUCUCAGAUACCAAGCUGACACAAGCAGUAGGUCAGUUACCCUAUUUCUGCACCAAAAGUACAACAUUGAUCUCUUAAAGUAACAGAACGUGAUCUAUUAGACCCAGCCUGCCUUAAUUUCUAACAAAAGGAAGACUUUUGCUACCCCCCAUAUAUGGCAUUAAUCAAUGGUCAUGUAAGACCAUAAUAACAGGACAUUUCAUUACUUUUCUAAUAAAUCUAGGAUUGUUGUUUGUUAUUCACCAGCUGUAAAGCGGAUGUUAAUGUGUUCCUUUCAGUUUAUAGUUUUGAUUAUUGCCUUGAUGAUCUAGUAGGAGUAUUCGGCCAAUCAGAAUGUUUUCUGGGGACCAAUCCGAGAUGUUUUGAUGGUACACUAGCUGAGGGAAAUAAGCUAUUACAUUGAUCCGGCCUUGAAUAAUUGUCCAGUUUUUCUUCACAGCUCACUUUCAGCAGAAUGGAGUUACCACAGAAAGAAUUUGCCCCUUUCUGUUCAUACAUAUUGUUUACCAAAAAUGCCCCUGUUCAUUCUAUUGCUUAGCUGUAUUAUUUACAUGUGAUUAUGUUCUACUUUGUUCUGUAACUUUAGGUCAUAUUUCCUGUUGUUGUUGUUGUUGUUGAGGCCUAACCAUAACUUAACAUGACAUUUAAUUAUAUGUCGGUUACCAGGUCGAGGUUUAGUUUAUCAUAGCUGUGGCUUUUGCCCCGAUUUGAAAGGAACAAAUGUGUAAGUAAUCAGUGUAUAAGGAAAUGGAUGUUCACCUUAUUUCCUCCUCCGACAGUCUUCCGUCUGCAGCUACUCCUCCUGUGGCACAAUAAUGUUAAGGGAAACAUAAUGUGUAAUUAGCUGUUCUCUAUUGCCAGUCUCGUCGCAGAACAAAUGUGUGAGUUUUGAUGUAUGAGAGGGAAUGAAAGGAAAAGAGUUUGACAAAUGUGUUCUUACCUCACAAAGAGACAUUUUUCAGGGAUUUUUAUACAAGUCAUCUGUAUCUCGUCAUGGCCUCUUAAAGUGCAUCCAAGGGCUGUUUCGUUUGGUAUGUUUGUAAAGAUGUACAUAAAAUGUGGUUGCUAUGGGGGACAUUUUCUUAAAAUCAUGAAGGAUGCGAAAGUGACCCUAUUUUGACCCUUAUGUAUAGUAUAUGUAAAGCGAUAUGUCCAAGACAUUCUGUACAAGUUUAUACAACAAAUAUAUUGUAUAUUUUUACUUGAA